AUGGUGUUUCCAAUGUGGACAUUGAAGAGACAGUUUCCUAUCCUUUUUAACAUGAUCCUAAUUUCUGGACUCCUUGGGGAUAGAUGGUUUCCUAAAACUCUGCCCUGUGAUGUCACUUUGGAUGCCCCAAAUGCCCAUGUGAUUGUGGACUGCACAGACAAGCAUUUGACAGAAAUUCCUGGAGGUAUUCCCGCCAAUGCCACCAACCUCACCCUCACCAUUAACCACAUAGCAGGCAUCUCUCCAGCCUCCUUCCACCGGCUGGACCAUCUGGUGGAGAUCGAUUUCAGAUGCAACUGCGUACCUGUUCGACUGGGACCAAAAGACAACGUGUGCACCAAAAGGCUACAGAUUAAACCCAACAGCUUUAGCAAACUCACGUAUUUAAAAUCUCUUUACUUGGAUGGAAACCAGCUUCUAGAAAUACCUCAGGAUCUUCCUCCCAGCUUACAGCUGCUGAGCCUGGAGGCCAACAACAUCUUUUUGAUCAUGAAGGAGAAUCUAACAGAACUGGCCAACCUAGAAAUACUCUACCUGGGCCAAAACUGUUACUAUCGUAACCCUUGUAAUGUUUCAUUUACCAUCGAAAAAGAUGCUUUCCUAAAUAUGAGAAAUUUAAAAUUGCUCUCCCUAAAAGAUAACAAUAUAUCAGCUGUCCCCACUGUUUUGCCCUCUAGUUUGACAGAACUCUAUCUUUACAAUAACAUCAUUACAAAAAUCCAAGAAGAUGAUUUUAAUAACCUCAGUCAACUACAAGUUCUUGACCUGAGUGGAAAUUGCCCUCGUUGCUAUAAUGUUCCAUUUCCUUGCACACCCUGUGAAAAUAAUUCUCCCCUACAGAUUGAUCUAAAUGCUUUUGAUGCAUUGACAGAAUUGCAAGUUUUACGUCUACACAGUAACUCUCUUCAGCAUGUGCCCCAAAGAUGGUUUAAAAACAUUAACAAACUUAAAGAACUAGAUCUUUCCCAAAACUUCUUGGCCAAAGAAAUUGGGGAUGCCAAAUUUUUAAAUCUUCUUCAUAAUCUUGUCAACUUGGAUCUGUCUUUCAAUUACGAUCUUCAGGUCUACCAUGCAGUUAUAAAUCUAUCAGAUGCAUUUUCUUCACUGAAAAACUUGAAAGUUUUGCGAAUCAAAGGCUAUGUCUUUAAAGAGCUGAAGAGUUUAAACCUCUUCCCGUUACGUAAUCUUCCCAGUCUUGAAGUUCUUGAUCUUGGCACUAACUUUAUAAAAAUUGCUGACCUCAGCAUAUUUAAACAAUUUAAAACAUUGAAAUUCAUAGAUCUUUCAGUGAAUAAAAUAUCACCUUCGGGAGAUUCAACUGAAGGUGGUUUCUGCUCUAACAUGAGAACUUCUGUAGAAGGCCAUGGGCCCCAGGUCCUUGAAGCAUUGCAUUAUUUCAGAUAUGAUGAGUAUGCAAGGAGUUGCCGGUCCAAGAGCAAAGAGCCACCUUCUUUCUUACCUCUUAAUGAAGAUUGUUAUAUGUAUGGGCAGACCUUGGACCUUAGUAGAAAUAAUAUAUUUUUUAUCAAGUCUUCUGAUUUCCAGCAUCUUUCUUUCCUCAAAUGCUUAAACUUAUCAGGAAAUAGCAUUAGCCAGACACUUAAUGGGAGUGAAUUUCAGCCUUUAGUGGAGUUGAAAUAUUUGGACUUCUCUAACAAUCGGCUUGAUUUACUCUACUCAACAGCAUUUGAGGAACUGCGCAACCUGGAAGUCCUAGAUAUAAGUAGUAACAGCCAUUAUUUUCAGUCAGAAGGAAUUACUCACAUGCUAAAUUUUACCAAGAACCUCAAGGUUCUGAAGAAACUGAUGAUGAACUAUAAUGACAUUGCUACCUCCACCAGCAGGACCAUGGAGAGUGAAUCUCUUCAAAUCCUGGAGUUCAGAGGCAACCAUUUGGAUGUUUUAUGGAGAGAUGGUGAUAACAGAUACUUAAAAUUCUUUAAGAAUCUGCUAAACUUAGAAGAGCUAGACAUCUCUGAAAAUUCUCUGAGUUUCUUACCUGUGGGAGUUUUUGAUAGUAUGCCUCCCAAUCUAAAGACUCUCUCCUUAGCCAAAAAUGGGCUCAAGUCUUUCAAUUGGGGAAGACUGCAGAGUCUAAAGAAUCUAGAAACUUUGGACCUCAGCUUCAACCAGCUGAAGACUGUCCCUGAGAGAUUAUCCAACUGUUCCCACAGCCUCAAGAAACUUAUACUUAAGAAUAAUCAAAUCAGGCGCCUGACAAAGUAUUUUCUCCAAGGUGCUUUCCAGUUGCGACAUCUGGACCUCAGCUCAAAUAAAAUUCAGAUAAUCCAAAAGACGAGUUUUCCAGAAAACGUCCUCAACAAUCUGGACAUUUUGUUUUUGCAUCACAAUCGAUUUCUGUGCAACUGUGAUGCUGUGUGGUUUGUCUGGUGGGUUAACCAUACCGAGGUAACUAUCCCUUACUUGGCCACGGAUGUGAUUUGCAUGGGACCAGGAGCACACAAGGGCCAGAGUGUAGUCUCUCUGGAUCUAUAUACCUGUGAGUUAGAUCUGACUAACUUCAUCCUGUUCUCACUUUCCAUAUCAGCAGUUCUCUUUCUGAUGAUCAUCACAACAGCAAACCAUCUCUAUUUCUGGGAUGUGUGGUAUAGUUAUCAUUUCUGUAAAGCCAAAAUAAAAGGGUAUCGACGUCUGAUAUCACCCAAUUCUUGCUAUGAUGCUUUCAUUGUAUAUGACACUAAAGACCCAGCAGUGACAGAGUGGGUUUUGGACGAGCUGGUGGCCAAACUGGAAGACCCGAGAGAGAAGUGUUUUAACUUAUGUCUCGAGGAAAGGGACUGGUUACCAGGGCAGCCUGUUCUGGAAAAUCUUUCCCAGAGCAUACAGCUUAGCAAAAAGACGGUGUUUGUGAUGACAGACAAGUACGCAAAGACUGAGAAUUUUAAGAUAGCAUUUUACUUAUCCCAUCAGAGGCUCAUGGAUGAAAAAGUGGAUGUAAUCAUCUUGAUAUUCCUUGAGAAGCCCCUUCAGAAGUCCAAGUUUCUCCAACUCCGGAAGAGGCUCUGUGGUAGUUCUGUCCUUGAGUGGCCAACAAACCCACAGGCUCACCCGUACUUCUGGCAGUGUCUGAAAAACGCCCUGGCCACAGACAAUCACGUGACCUACAGUCAGGUAUUCAAAGAGACAGCCUAG